CUUUUUUUUUCUCUUUCAGCCUUUUUCAUUUUUCAUUCAUCCCUCUCCUCCUCCUCCUCCUUCUCCUCCUCCACUCAACCCUUUUCUCUUUUCUCUUCUUAUCGCUUUUCUUCUCUUUUCUUUCCUCCCAUCACUGUCCACCCGCUCCAUCACGUGUCUCUCUCUCUCUCUCUCUCUCUCUCUCUCUCUGAUGUUCUCGGUGAGGAUGGGUAGAGUGCAGGCAGUCCGGCGCGGUGGUCACGGCGGAGUGUGUGUAUGAGUGUGUGUAUGGGAGAGUGUGUAUAGGGGGAGACGAUGAGCGGCACGCCGCCGCCGCUGCCAUUCUGGAGGAUGCUGGUGUGUGUAAGCAUACUGGUGCUGCUUUUGGGAGCAGGGGCGGGGCUGCAGAUUCAGUGUUAUCAGUGUGAGGAGGUGCAGCAGGAUGAAUGCUCCUCCCCCGAGUUUAUCGUGAACUGCACCGUAAACGUUCAGGACAUGUGUCAGAAAGAGGUUCUCGUCAUGGAGGACGGAAUCCACUACAGGAAGUCGUGUGCAUCGUCGGGGGCGUGUCUUAUCGCGUCGUCGGGAUAUCAGCAGUUCUGUACGGGGAAGCUGAACUCGGUCUGCAUCACUUGCUGUAACACCCCACUGUGUAACGGCCCUCGAAUUCGGCGCCGCCUCUCCAGCACAGGCCCCGCCCACCUGCACCGUCCCCUCACCCUGCUGUCCUCCACCCUGCUCUCUCUCUCCAUCACUCUCUCUCUCUCUGUCUCUCUACAGUUAAAGACAUGAAGCUACACUUUGUUACAGUUUAUUAAACCUGCAGUUCAGAAAGGUUAGACUUUACUACACUGUUACAUUCUGUUAUAGUUUACAAAGUUGUUACACUUUUGACGUUAUGUAACACUUUAUCAUGAAUAUUACAAUUCAUGACAUUAAUGUACACAUUAUAAAGCCAUGUUGCACUAAAUUGCAUUAUGUUACACUUCCUGACAUAAAGCUAAACUGAAGCAUUUAGACUUUGGGCGUACUGUAACACUUCACUGUUACAGUUUAUAACAUUAAUCAAAUUUAAAUGUGUUAAUCCUUCUCUCUUUUUGCUACAUUUAUCAAAGCUGCUGAGUAUUAUUCAAGAAUUUCCCCUCGGGGAUCAAUAAAGUAUCUAUCUAUCUAUCUAUCUA